ACGGUUCCACGCGAAGAAGGGAGUAGUUGCGGUGCGAUUCCCCAAUAAUAAGCUUUUUCCCCAAUCUUUGGAGGUUGUUCGUUCUGUUGCUAUCCCUUAAGUGGAUAAUAAGUUUUCUUCUGAAUCACGGUAUAAGAUAAACUCCUUUUGGCGACCUGGUUUUAUUUUAUUUUUGGUUUGCUUUGGUUCUCUUAACCGGAUUCUUCCAUCAUCAUCAUCGUCGGCGAAGUCGCUCUGGAGGACGGGAUUUCAUCUUUACUCUUUCGAUAGGAGGAAUUAUAAAUUUGUGACAAACCGGAGCAGCCGGAACUUGUAUCGCACCCCGGAAAACUAACCCCAAUCGACGCCGAGAGCCAAUCAAGCAGAGGGACAAACAGCGGCACAAUGGCUGACCAGCAGCAGUAUUUCCUCAAGUGGAAUGAUUUCCAAACUAAUAUGGUGACCUCGUUCCGGCAUCUUCGCAACGAGAAAAGUUUCACCGAUGUAACACUCGCAUGCGAAGGGCAGACGUGUAAGGCGCACAAGAUGGUGUUAUCGGCUUGCAGUCCGUACUUCAAAUCGCUUCUAGAGGAAAACCCUUCGAAACAUCCGAUCAUCAUCCUGAAGGACGUGUCCUACAGCCACCUGCAGGCCAUCUUGGAGUUCAUGUACGCCGGGGAGGUCAAUGUGUCCCAGGAGCAGCUGCCAACGUUCCUAAAGACGGCCGACAGACUGAAAGUGAAGGGCCUCGCGGAGACCCCCACGAAUAUCAAGCGUGAAGGCUAACAACGCAACCUUCUGCAUCCCGAGGUUGCUGAUGGGGCUACCUUUAGCGAAGGUCAGCUGAUGUGGGACAAGGGUGGCAUUUUAUUUCCCAGCGACACACACACACCUUUCACAAACAACGUUGUCUGACGUCAUUCUGAUAGCGCACCAAAAACAAACCUAACAAAUGACCAUUUAAAAUUCAAGAUACGAGCCUGAAUUGAGGAACUCAUUUACCCCUUCCUAUUUUUUAGCCAGAGAAGCGACACAGCAAAAGCAAAAAUCGAACAUUGACCAUUGUUACUGACAAGGUGUGUGUGUGUGCGUGCGGGGGCUAAUUUUGUGGAACGUUGGAAAUGGAAGUGCCGCGCGAGUGAUAAGGGAAACCAAUAUUUUAAGGUAAUGUUUUCUGAUACUGCAAAUAAAACAUACUAUAUUAUUAUAAUCGGUGAAAAAUACCAAUACAUACACACAAUAGAUACAACUACAUAUUGAAGCGGUUGGUUGAAAUGCCCCAACAUAUAGUAAGAAAAUAUUGGAUAAAUUGAAAACUGAUCAUAAUUCAUAAGGAAGUGAAACAUUUGUGUGGAGGAAAAUUCUUUUACAUAAGCUAGGUUUUAAAAAAAUCAAAUCCUUAAAUUCCAUGUGAAAACUAAGAAAUUGGAGAUACACAUUAAUUGAACCUAAAUUGAUAAAAUAUUGAGUUUACCGUGGAACCUCUAAUAAUAGCAUGUAUUUUCUCACCCAUUUAACCGGGAAUUUGAGCUAACUUAAAAAAUGUUGUUCUUUUUCCACGAGGCUGCGAAACAUUUUUUUGCGCUGCUUUAAAGUUCGCGAUUUUUUCCAAAACUGUUUGGUUCUUUUCCGUUCUACAAAACCGAAAUGUGCGUAAGAAUAAGAUUUUUUUUACAAAAUGAAAAUAACUAACGAUGUGUAAAUAUGACCAACGUUAUAUGGACUGGGAAAAGUGCUGGUUAGAAAAUCAAGGUGCACAUUAAAAAAAAACUUAUCGGUUCAUACAAAAAAUACCGUGAAUUGAGGACUACCAUGAGCAAAAUGGAAUAAGAAAACAUAUGAUGAUGGGCAACCCGCGCAGAUUAUAUACUAAAGAAAAGAUCAAUUUUAAAGGUAGCAAUUGUCUUAUUUGCAAGUGAAAUUCCUAUUCUAUAGAUUUUUUUUAUGACUAUCCUGUUUUUUGACGUCAACCACUAUGGUGUUUCGUAAGAUUUGCACCAACUGGUUUAUUGAAACGUUUAGUUUGUCAUUUUCUUCUAUUUAGUUUUUUUUUUAUUCAACUUCGAACAUGCGUCUCACAAAAUGAUAAUGGAUCUAGAUUCGUACCGCUAUUAUAUAUUUUUGUUAGCACAAUUGUAUUUCACGAAGCAGUAAAUUUUGUAGGAAUUACACAGAA